CGGACCAUGGGGAGCUGGGGGAAAACUUUUUAUACUGACAUGUCAGCGCAAUGACUUUUUGAGAAACAUCUAACUGGGACGAGGCUCCCGGUGUGAGGAGGACAGGGUCCUUUGCGGGAAGAAAAAGGAGCACUUGACAUCUGCCGGGGAACGAAAAGCAGAACGGCAAAAAAGAGUUGAGAGCAGUCCAAGAAUCAGCGGUGGAAAAUCCAGUUUAGCCAUUUGAAUUGAAAGAUGAGCUUGUUGUCUGCCAUAGACACGAGUGCCUCCGUGUACCAGCCAGCGCAACUUCUCAACUGGGUCUAUCUUUCCUUACAAGACCCCCACCAGACCAGCGCUUUUGACGCGUUUAGACCCGAACCCAACUCUUCCCACCCGGAUCUCAGUUUCAGCAAGACUCCCGCAGCGGCGGACUUGAGCUCUUCCCUGAACUCCAACUAUCUCAACAACUUCUUUCAGCUGCAGCGCAAUGAGGCCUUAAACAACAACGUGUAUAAGAAUGUCUCACCCUAUGGCUCCUUGAACAACAUCGUGGAUGGACUCAACUCUCUGACGGACCAUUUCUCAGACCUUUCCCUUUCUUCAGAGCCAAGAAAGCCCAACAAGAGACCCCCACCCAAUUACUUAUGCCACCUGUGCUUCAACAAGGGCCAUUACAUCAAAGACUGCCCUCAGGCUAGACCUAAAGGAGAAGGGCUGACACCCUACCAGGGGAAGAAGAGAUGUUUUGGAGAGUACAAGUGCCCCAAGUGUAAGAGGAAGUGGAUGAGUGGCAACUCGUGGGCCAACAUGGGACAAGAAUGUAUCAAAUGCCACAUCAACGUCUAUCCGCACAAACAGCGCCCUUUAGAGAAGCCAGAUGGCCUGGAUGUUUCUGACCAGAGUAAGGAGCACCCACAACACCUAUGCGAGAAAUGCAAAGUCCUGGGCUACUACUGCCGUCGUGUGCAAUAAUCAUCUUUAUUGUUGUCAGAGAGCAACGUUUGUGUCUCAAGUUCUACCGUUCAUCCUCCAUCAAGGCUGACCUCCCCUCCCUGCCCUCCAGGUCUCCUUCAUCCCUGCCUUGCACACAACACGGCAUCCGAUCCUCCUCACGUCUUCCCCCCGUUCUUUCCCAGACGCCUGAGAUAUAGACGGUAGCUCUAAUCCUCCCUUUUUUCUGACGCUUUCCUUCUCUACCACAGCAAAUAAACCUGUCUCUCUUUCCAGCCACGUGUGGGACACCGAUUUCAAACGUUACGCUUUCUUUUUCUACAACAGUAUUGACAAUUACAUUCAGGAAUGAGAAGAACACGUUAACUUAAGAUCAAUCUCUAUCUCUUCAAGAUAUCAAAAGCAGAAACUUGCCAUAAUCAUUGACUUUUUUUUAAUGCCUUGAGUACCAGAAACCACAUAACCCCAUUCAUCCAGCUCGAUGUGUGACAACAGCUUAUCAUUGCAUCGAUGAAUUAGCACUAGGCAUGUCUUUCAGCGAUGCCACUGACAGUAUUGGUUUCAAUAGAUUACCUCACUUUGGGGUUUGUUGGCUUUGUGUUUACAGAGAUCUGCCUUCCAUUUCCCUGCCAAGUGAAGUGUGUGGUAAUGUGAUGAACGUUUAACACGGGCCUCUCAUGAUGGUAUAAUGUAUAUGAGGCCUUUGAUGUUUUUCCGUAUUAGGGUCUGUUGACCUGAUCUACCCACAUCUUAUUAACUGUGAAUUAACUGAGGGAUAAUGUGCCAUACAUCCCUAGCUUACAUUUGGCCUAUUUAUUUUCUUGUUGUCUAGUGUGCAAUUUGAAUUUUAACUGGGACAUAAAGAAAUGUUUUUUGUAUGUUUGUAUGUCACAUUAUUGUGUAACUGCUUCCACAUGUCUUUAGAAACUACUGUAGGUUCAGCAUAGCAUCGCUCCUUGUCUACAUUUAGUGCAUUGCUAAUAACAGAUAUGUUUUCAUUCACCCUCCCAAUAGUGUUCUUGUUGCCACAAUUUUCUAUAGUGUUACGCCACAUAGGUAAGAUGUUCUAAUUGCAAGCAGGUCAACUGACAAGUAGCAGUAGGAAGAGAGCAGUAGCUUCAGGACGUUUCUGUUUUUUUACUGGCCGGUGUUGCACGUAGAACAUUCUCGAAGCAAUUGAAAAAAUGAACUGCUUGCCAUAAUUUGAUUGGCAAUGUGAAACAUAACUUUCUCUGUUCAUAUGUAAAAGCCGGAUUAGAUUUUUAGCACAAAUUAGUAAAAUACAAAUGAUAUGUCUGUUUAAGAAAGAUUCAGCAAGACAUUUGAGUUCACAUUUUUAGUGCCAAUUGAUGUCUGGCAGUCUUAGUGAAGCUAAAUGGAAACUUUUCUAAGGUCAUGCACCCUUCAAAACUAUGUCCAACAGCUGAUUGCAGUAUAGAGAAUGUCCAGAGGGAGGUGAAGGUUGGUGGAACGGCAGCAAUUUUGGUUGAGAGAAUAAAAAAAAAAAGUUCAUAUGCAAGGGCAGAUUUUUGAUGUGGUCAUUCUGGUGACGCAAGGAUAUACAGGAAGUGAAGAUGAAUUAAGUUUACACUUGUAUUCAUUUUAUGGGGCCUACUAUUGUUGUCUUUAAAGGAAGAGUAGUACACAUCCUGUUUACAUAUAUCACAGUGCAGACUUAUAGCACUACAGAGGAAAUUGUCGUUUUGACUAAUAGAAACCCGCCUUUCAAGGAACAUUGUUAUAGGAAUUGUGAAAUAUUUUUAUAUGUACUGUAUUUUUAGCCUUACAAAAGCUGGUUGACUAUAUUUUCUACUGUAACAUACUAUAUGUGCCUUAAAAAGAUUUAAAAUCACUCUGAAAUAUACAGAUAAAGACUAGAAGGCCAUUUAAAAUUAGGGAAAGACUUGAGGGGGUAGGCUCAAAGUUGGGAGCAGAAUAUUUGCAUGUGGUAACUGUGAUGCAUAGUAAGUUUAAUGCAGGUUCAAGACGUGGCAAAGGACAAGAAAUUAGAUAGUUCAUCUAUUAGUUUGAAAUGGCACAGUGGGUGUUCGCUUCAACAAUUUGCUGAGUUGGAGGCAUGGGCUGAACCAGCGUUUCCAGCUGGCAAUAACAAUCCUACUGUGGUCUUGUUGUCAUGGAAUAUCAACAAAGAUGUUAUUUCUUAGUCGAUCCUCACAACAGAAUGGAGCCUCACUCUUUGUUUUCUUAAUCUAUUGUAGUUAUGUUUAUCUAAGGAACCAUGGGUUUUUGUCUAAAAUAUACAUAGUAACUUGCCUUAGUGGGAGAGUUUGUAGUGGCCGAUAAUGGUACCUUACAGUUUUGGGAAAUUAUCAUUUAGGUAGAUUCCAUCUGUGAAAUUAAAGGGGCACUCCAGUGAUUUGAUUUAGGACUGCAGUUCUACAAAGUUAAAAGUUUGAAAAUCGAUGCAACAGAUGCUGAGAUACCCUGACAUUUAUUCCCUAAGUAUGGGUCAACUACCAAAAAUGCAACUCAAUAGCAUCUUUCAUAAAGGUGCGGUCACACAAUGUUUCCGGUCACUGAAUAUUCACUCUGUUUUCCCACUUCUGUUGAAGCCCGUCCGAUCAAAACAUUCAAGCAUCCACUUCCUGUUUCGUUGUUGUGUUGAAUGUCCAGAAGGUUGCGGCGGUUUCACAGGUCACAGUCCACCUUUCAGUUAUGUUCAGCUUUGAUGCAGCAGAUGUGCUUAUUCAGCCAAUAGAAACAAAGCUGCAUUGUGAAAACGACAUUAUUAUUCUCUUGUUUCAUCACCGUUUUUCAUAAGUUAUCACACUACAGGACUACAAACUGUAGCCUCACUCUCAUACACUGUUCACAGUUUGCAAUUACUUUGAUCAAUAGUUAUUUAUUACCCACAUCACAAAUGUGGCAUCAUAACCUUUUUCUGGGCAGAGUGCGGAGACCUUGCAGAGGACAGGCACUGACCAAACAUUGGUCAGAUUUGCCAUAUUUUUCAAACUCUAUAACCCCAGUUUACAGUGCAGGCUUUUUGUUAAAACUGUCUGUAAGCCUCAGUUGAGAUAACACUAAUUGAAACAGCAUCUCCAGAGUCACUAUGAAACUAUUUUCAUAAGCAAAGUAACACUCCCCAUGAUAAGUAAACUGAACUUCAUGUGUAAAAUUGUUGGGAGUGCCCCUUUAAAAAGAUGGAAUUGACAGUAGCGUGUCUAUAUUGAAACACCUAAAAGACUAAAUCUGGUAGGAUUCUCAUUUUAGCCUGUUGCUGUUGGGAACAAUCCAUUUUUCUUACUGUAACAUUGUCUUUCUUUUGCUUUAUGUGAUGACACUAACCUAACAGGUCUUUACAUCUGAACCACAUGUCCACAUUAUACCUACAUGUGGCUGUAGUGAGAGGAAUAGAUACCAAUAUUGCCUUAAGAGCUCACCUCAUUAACAAGUAACAAUGUUAUUGUAAUUAACAGGCUUCUGGCAGACUAGAAAGGAGAAAUAGGUAGUGAGAAAUGUUGUUUGAAGGUAAUGAUUCCGCCCAGAGACAUGUUACGAGGAGGCCAUUUUAAAUGGCAGAAAUCAAGAGCCAAUGGAAGCAGUUGAAACAAUACAUUUGAAAAAAAAAAGAAAUCUCUGCUUUCAGACGUACAGUAGUGUCUUGAAUUACAUAUACUUGACUUUUCUAGUACCUUUUCAGUUCAAAUUUGUUAUUUUCUAUGAAUAAGAUGUGUAUUUUGGAACACUUAAUAGAUGUUGAAAAUUUUAAAGCAAUCUGCAAAAAAACUCAAGAGUUAUUUCCCUGACAAAGAUAUUUACAAAUGACUGUUUUAUGUAUAUAUUUGAUGGCCAUCAUUUUCAAGGAUAGUAGCUCUUUUGAAGUGUUAUGCAAUAUUGAAGCUUUUUUUGUGUGAAGAAGGGCCUAUUGCUGAGAAAUAAACAAAGCUGGGAGUUUUUUCUUUUCUUUGAUGUUUUACGAUAAACUGAAGGGUUAUCCUGCAGAAAUAUUUAUGGGAAGAGUUUUUUUUACAACACUUUUUGUAUAGAAUAUGCAACAACGUCACAUUAAGAAGGAAAUAUUGAUGUCUACAUAGAAUAUUAUUAAAAAAAAGCUGGUACAUAAUUAAUACCCUUUCUCAAUUAUAAGCCAUUGUAUUUUUGUGUUUUGUUUUUAUGAUGUUAUCAGUGUUGAAUAACCCACAAUGUUAUUUGGUCACUAUAUGUUACUAAUGAUGAGCUGCCAUUUACAUCUAUACAGUCACAUGUAUUCAUUUUGUAAACAGUAACUACAAUAUUAUGAAGAUAUAAUGUGUUAACAUGCAGAAUCCUUUUUUUCCUAAAUUAGUGACGGAUACUCACCACUGUAUAAGCACGUUAAACUGUGAGAUGUAGUUUGCUUAAAGCAGCGAUGACAAGAAACUAUUAUAAAAUGUUACAGUGUUAUUAGUAGUUUAGGGAGUGUAUACUUUGUUCAAGAAAGCGUGUGUGACAAAGAACUAUUUUAGAGUUUGCAUGUGCAUGUGUUUGGUUUCGAAUGAAAUAUUAUUUUGUGCAAUUGUAUACUUAUUUAAGUACUUUACAGUAGUUUUCUACAGUACAUGUUGUUUUUAACAUUUUCAGUAACUUCUGAUGGUUAUUAGUCACGAAGUAUUUCAUUUACCGCUAGUGUAGCCUCUAUGAAUACCAUAAUACAUAUUUACUGAAUGUAAUGUGUUAACACUUAUAUGGUCAAUUUGGAAAGUUGUGUUUGUAUUCUUUACUGUCUGUAUCACUUUGAAAUGUUUGUAAUGCAAUAUUGCAAUAAUGUAAUAUUUGAAUUGGACAGAACACAGGCGUGAGGUUGGGAAGACAACGAUUUUGGGAAACAAGGACAGUCAUGGUUUCGAGAGUUAGACCACAGGUCUGUUUUUCAUGUCCAUGAAAACGGCAUUCCAAAAUGUGCCUUAUUUGUUAGUUGGGAAAACAUUUUAGUGCUUUAGUGCUGUCAAGAGUUUGAUGAAUAAAAGUCAUACUGAAUUAGGA